AUGUACAUCAAUCAAGUGCUCUUAUAUAAUUUCCUGAGUUUAGUGUUCCUGUCUACCGCUGAUAUGUACAGCGUGAAGAUAGACACGGAGCAACACGUAAACGUAGUUGACCCUAGGUUUUUGAGUUUCACAGUUGACCCCAAAUAUUUGUUUUCUACCAGCGAAAAAUAUAAAAGGAAAGAAUGCCUUUGCAUGGCCGCGUCAUUAGCGCCGGCAUAUCUUCGCAUAGCUGGCCCUUCCACUUCACAAAUGGUGUUCCACAACGCGACCAUCGCGAUCGCUGACGACGAAGAGCCCAGCGAUUUGGCCGUUCGCUACCGGCAAUGGAGAAAGUUCGUGCAGUGGGCCAAAUCAACAGGUUUUGAUCUGAUUUUCGCCUUGAACAACGAGGAACGGACAGCUACUGGUUUGUGGGACCCUAAUACGGCUUUGAACAUCCUUACUGUAGCCGAAAAAGCCAAUAUUGGCGAAAUUUUUUGGCAGCUUGGAUAUGAAUGCACAAACCAAUCUAUUGAGGAAUACCUCAACGACUUGGAAACGUUACGGGUGAUCGUCGAGACCUUUCCUCCAGGAAGGACGGAGAUGUGGAAGGUGGUGGCUGGUGACAUCAGCGAUUGCCUGCACGGAGACUCCAAAAGUGAUUUCAGAGAUUACAUAGUACUCUCCAGUGACAUGAUGGACGCAAUUAUGUUAAAUGGAAACUCAUCCUCGCAAGAGUUAGAACGCAUGUCGGAUUUAGAUCGGUUGAAACUCUUGAAGUUCUUAAGUCACAGCACCACUCCGCUCUGGCUGACGGAAACCACGCAACAACGAUAUAACGAGCUGGAAAGAGCAGUGGACUGGCUCAGCAGUCUGGGAUAUUCUGCUCGGAACGGUUUCUCGGUGCAUUACAGGGAGUUACUGGAAGAAGAAAUGUAUGAACCUAGUUUGAGCUUUUACAUGGCGCUGCUGUUUAAGAACUUAGUUGGCGAGCGAGUGCUCAACUUAGAGAUGGAGGCGGGACAGGCCAUAAUGUUCGCGCACUGCACGUCGCUACGUCACCAGGCGAUCCCCGGCGCCGUCACGCUGUACGGAGCCAACAUGGAUGAUGAACCGGCUCGCUUCUCCAUCAAACUGUCGAAAAAAGAAGAAGGAGGAGAUAUUAUGCAGUUCAUUAUUAGUCACGACCACAACGGGAACAUAGCCGUAAACGGACGUGUCAUGUUUUUCGAGGGUGACAUCAAACCCAUCGUGAAACGAGUGCGUCCAUACAAAUCUCUGUUAAUUAAUUUACCGGCCAAAUCUUUUGGGUUCUGGGUCUUAGCCAACACAAAUGUGGAAGCCUGCAAAGAUUACGGCGAUGAUAAGCCUCGCGUAGAUUCAACUGAAUCUAGCAGUGAUGAAAUAAGGGUUAGAAGAUCUAUAAUCUCUACUGAUGAUAAUAACGCAAAAGAUCUCCGAUUCGUUGAAAAGCUUAAAAACGUUUCGGUACAGGAAAGAUUUGAGGAUGCCAAACACGGCGUUGGUCAAGUACUGAACGUUGUCAAAAGGAACACCAAAAAAAAGGAGAGGGAGAUUGAGGAGGAUAAACGUAAUAACAGAAAGAAAAAAAUAAGCAAAUUUAAAACAAAAUUUGAUAGAGUUGGUCGAAGAGAUUCAAACUUGAAAUCUCUACGAGAUAUAAUUAAAUCCAGGCGUUAUUUAAGGAAAAGGAAACCAACAAGAUAUAACAGAAGUAAAUCAAAUAGACUUUACGGCGCUAAGUAUAGACCAAAAGAAAAAAAAGAAGAGACAGCUGUAGAAACUAAAAGAAAACGACGGGAUAUCAAUGAGGUUGAUCAUAAAAUGAAUAACAUUAAUGAUUUGUCAAUAGAAAAUGUAGAAGAUUUGAAAAAUGUUAAGCUAUUGAAUAUAUUACGUAAAAUACACGAGCAAUUAGAAGACCUCUCUGCCGAAAAAGAAUCUACAAAAGAAAAAAAUGACGAUUCGAUUGAUUCUGGUAGCGAAAUAGUUGGCGCUGGCUUUAUAAAAACAACAGUGAACAAUCUGAUGGGAUUGUUAUCUGAUUUAAAUGAGAAUUUAAGCAAAUUUUGGAAUGCCGUUACAAUUUUGGAGUAAACGUGUCUUUUAGUCGCCUAGAGUUGAAGUCAAUGACUGGUUUGUGAUUUUAACAGUCGAUGUAUAUAACGUGAAUACGAUUAUUAAGGCACUGUAAUGUUAUGGCUCCUAAAUCAGAUACAUUUCGUA